AAAACCACCGUCUCCCCCAUUAUCUCCACCUUGACCAGUGCCAAACGCCCAAACCCGUCGCCUAACAAACUGAUGAGGAGCCCGACACGGCCGGCAAGAGGUGAUACUCCAGAUCUCCGCCGCCAGAACUCCAUUGAAAUGACAGUCUUGUAUGUCAAAGGGACAGAAAGACAGUCCGCCUGGCGCAAUGCACAGGCCUGAAACUGGCUCUCCCUCUAACCCAAUCAACGUAGACGACAAUGCAGCCAUGAUCGAUCAGUUGUACACAGGAACGUACAACCUGGGAGAUGUCGAUCCAACCACUCCCCAAUCUGACACCUCAUCCAACACCCGACAAAGAUACCACGAAGGUGUUUGUAACAACGCUCCAUACUGCCAAAACUGCGGUUGGAGCGAUCAUCGCACAUACUAUU